UCAUGAAGAGCCGCUUGUUGCUCUACUCGAGGCUCAUUGAAAGUUCGUUCGGUACCUAUGUACGCUGCGAAUGUCUUAAUUAAGAGUUCUCAGUUCGAUGUUGUUUUUUAAAAGAGCAGUAUGAAGGAAGACAAAGAGAAUACAAAACCGAGGGAGAAAAGGUUGGAAGUGAAAUCCGAGGAGAAUGAAAAGUCUGAUAAGUCUUGCAAAGAGAAAAAAGAGGUUAUGACCAAGAUUGUUAUCCGCCGCCUUCCCCCAAAUCUGACGAAAGAGCAGCUUGAGGAGCAGCUUCAACCUCUCCCAGAAUUUGAUUACUUGGAGUUUUUUGCCAAUGAUACAAGCCUGUAUCCACAUCUUUAUUCUAGAGCAUACAUCAACUUCAGAAACCAAGAAGAUAUAGUUUUGUUUAGAGAUCGUUUCGAUGGCUAUGUUUUCAUCGACAGCAAAGGUCAAGAAUACCCUGCAAUUGUAGAGUUUGCUCCAUUCCAGAAAGUUGCAAAGAAAAAGGCCAAAAAAAAAGAUGCUAAAGCAGGAACAAUUCAUGAAGACUCAGAUUUCAAAAAGUUUUUGGAAAAUUACAAUGGUGACGAAGAAAAAACUACUUCAACUCCUGAAACGCUUCUUGAGGAAAUUGAGGCCAAAACCAAAGAAUUAGAAGCAAAAAAAACUACACCUCUGUUGGACUUCCUGAAAAAUAAACAGAGGCUAAGAGAAGAGAAGCGAGAGGAAAGAAGGCGGCGAGAGCUGGAGAGAAAAAGGCUACGAGAUGAAGAGCGAAGAAAAUGGCGUGAAGAGGAUCGUAGAAAGCGUAAAGAAGCAGAGAAACACAAAAAAGCUGGAGAGAAGCUGUAUGAGAAGGAAAAAGUAAUUGAGCCAAAAAUUAAGCUUCUCAGAAAACCAGAAAGAGAUGACUUUGAAUCUGAAAAGCUUAAAGAAAAACCAAGAAAAUUAGACAAGGAGAAAAUAAAAGAUGAUAAGUUUUCUAUGGGUUUUGGAAAUGAGCUGAAGAAGAGACCAGAAAUUGGACACAGAGAGGACAAAGGAAGGAAGUAUGAUGAAGAUGGUCGUAAAGAUUACAGAGAUUUAGACCGAGAAAGAGACAAGCGUCAAAGAGAGAGGGAGCGUCUAAGGCGCCUAGAUGAGGAACGUCGAAGAAGGAGGGAGCACCAUGAUACUGAAUUCUCUUAUCGAAGAAGAGAAGAGGAAGGUAAAAAAGAAAAGGAUUAUGUGUGGGAGAGAAAGAAAAAUGAAAAUUCAGUUGACUCUCACAUUGGCAGCUCUGACAAAAAUGAAAAAACACUGAAAGACGAUAAAAGAGAUGAACCAGUGAAGCGUGAUCGUCUAAGAAAUAAGGACCGGCCAGCUUUACAGCUCUAUCAGCCUGGUGCCCGAAGUCGAAGCCGUGUAGUCAGUGCAGAGCCGCCUUGUGAAGAUAAGAAAUCGGAAACAGAUGCCAAAACCUCUCAAGAAAAAGGAGAAGAUUGAGAGUUUGGGAAAGGAGAAGCUGGUUCUCGAUGAUCAACAAAGCUUUAAAUUUAGGCUGGAUUUAUGUGCCUGAUCAUAACAUACACUUCCAACACUGGUGUGGAUCGACAAGCAAAUCAUUAUGCAGUUUGAGGGUGUGGUCUCAUAGAAAACUGCCGAAAUGCUAAGCACUUAGGGCUGGCUAUACAAGAAGUCAAAGCUUGCAGGGACCAAAUACAGUAACUCUGAAGUGACAUAAGGAACACAUGGAGUCAACGGAAAGAAUACCCAGCAUCAUUCAGGUUCUUGCCUGAAUAAAUCUGCCUUGCCUUAUGUAUGCUUUCUAAACAGUAAUUUGUUAGCUUGGUUAGAAACCGAUCAGACUAUGAGCAGUUAACAGUGAAUGGUAAUAUAUUCCUCAUAUAAGUGAUGCUGGUCUAGAGUUGGGAAGAGCAGUAACACAGUCUUAUUUCAAAGGAUAUUUUAUGCAAUUAUUGUAGACGCUAUCAAGUUAGAUACAGUUACAAUUGACAGCAUGCUUGUAAAUGUAUCUGAUAUGCAGAAAACUAAACUAAUUUUAGGUCCAAAGCAGAUCUUAACAUUGCUAUUGGCAUGCAGAUUUUCCAAUUAAAUACAAAUUAUAGAAUGUCUCAAAUUCACAGCUAUCUUGUAGUUGGUUUUUUUGACUAGAUUGUGGAUUCACUAUCCUUGGAUGUUUGUAAUAAAAUUUAUCAAGCAGA